AUGGCGGACAGUGGUGAUGAUGAACACAUGGAGGUCGACCCUGUGGCUGCGGCUGCAGAGGUUGAAGUUCCUCCCCUUGGCGGCCCGGCUGUGGUGCCUGCGGGUGCCGCAGCCGGUGCUGUCCCAGCUGGUGGUGCUGCGGCACAGCCGGCAGGUGGUGCGGCUGCGGCUGCAGCACCGGCGGACCCGGCAGAGGUGGACGUCUACGUUGCUGCUCUCGACAAGAUCGGCGCCAACGUGCAAGAGGAGUCUCGCCUGACUCGCGAAGUCCUGACAGAGGCUCUCGCGGCGCUCGCGGCUAUCCGCCAGGGUAACCGGGGUGGUGUGCGUGGCUCUGGCAAUGGCCAAGGCCAUGGCAAGGGCAAGAAAGGGGGUUGGAACAAGAAACAGGGCAAGAAGAACGGCAACGGCAACAACGGCAAUGGCAACGGUGGUGGGGCAGGCAAGGCGCCCGGCAUCAACAAAGCCGGCGCCGGUGUCAAGAAGCCUGACUUUGACUGCACCUGCUACAACUGUGACCAGAAGGGCCACAAGUCCUACCAGUGCCCCCACCCCAAGAAGGCCAAAAAGGCGCGUGCCGAGCCUUCCCCUGCUUCUUCACUGCUGCUCCUGACAGCAAUCAUGUCCACUAUUUUCUCUUUGAGCCCUCUGGAGAACUAG